AUGGUCAACUUCACCUUCGUCCCUCAGGAUAAUCCCGACGGUCGAUCUCGGCGAUUGCGCAAUAGGACGGCAUGUGACAGAUGCCGGAUGAAAAAGAGACGUUGCUAUCAUCAGCGUCAGUCCACCUCAAAUUCAUCGGAAGCGCCUGCCACCGUGGAAAGCGUGCGAGAUUCGCCUGAUCGACCAAGAAAACGAUUCGGCAACAGCCAACCUCACCCUGGCCAUGACUGGGACGACAGCGAGUCGCCGUCUGUGAAUACUGGUACUUCAACAAAUCUGCCUCGCGGCACGGGAACACGAGACAGAAGACAUACCAUACCCGAUACUCGGCCGCUAUCACCACCGAACAGACUUGCUCAGUCAAGCAGCCAUGUUGCAUUUGAUGCGAAUGAAAGCGAUGCGUCGCCGCGUUUUGUUGGCGACUUGAACCCCGAGGCCAGGCUCAUAGAUGGGAGCACUCCAUCAGAAGAAAUGCUAGGUACAUCGCCCGGAAUGGUAGGUGUAUGGGUUCAUGCGCAACCGCACGGCAGACCUAGCCCUCUUGCCCGCAAUAUUGCCGCUUCCACGCACGUGUCCAGUCAAUCGCUUCAACAAGUCCCGGAUUUCAUUAGAAUCGAGGACCUACUGGCCCUAACGAACCUGUACUUUGCCGACAUACACCCCAUCAUUCCUCUUCUUAAUGAACAGGAGUUUCGAACAUUGCUGACUCGCAACUCUGUGCCCGUGCCAUUGCUCCAAGUGGUGUGUCUCCUCGCUGCCAAACAUCAUGCAGCGGCACCGCACUUGAGACUGUCGCCAGCGCCAGAGCAAACCCUGUCUGUCCGUGCAUUCUGUUCGAAGUUGUACCACUUGGUCACGUCGUCACUUUCUGGCAAGACAAGUCUCAAGAAGAUUACCUUGAUCCGAGUACUAGGACUUCUUUCGCUCCACCAUGAAGGACGGGAUGGUGCGGAAGAGUCGUCUAGCCACAUUGCUCAAGCCAUUCAUCAUGCACAAACCCUUGCACUGCAUCUACACCGUCCUAGUGAUGAAGGCUACGAAAUGAAGAGACUAUUUUGGUGUCUCUGGACACUGGACAGGCUCAACUCGGCCAUUCACUCUAGGCCGUGCCUCAUCAAUGACAUAGAUACGGCCAUUGAGCCUCUGACUCCAGCCGAGUCUGGAUCAGUCGCCUUUGAUAUAUGGUUUAGGAUAUCCAAGAUGCUUAGCACUGCUAUCGGCCUGUACCGUCCGACAAAUGAUGCUUCCAUUGUAGAAGUUGACUUGGAAUACCACGGGUUCGAACAGCUCGUGGAAGAGUGUCGGGGAUGCGACCUCUCCCCCUCCACGCUCGCCACUCUACGUAUAUUCUUUCUCGCGGCAGCAAUCAUCUCGCAUCGCUUGAAAACUAUCCAGAAUUUGCCCAGCGUUACACCUGCUAGACUCAGGCAGCAAUUAUCCUCGAUUCAAAUCAUUCGCUACAUGAAAGACGAAAACCGCAUCAACUCACUGCAUCCCCUCCCCGUCGUUGUCUAUGCGGCAUCGUUGGCCCUUUCUGUCUUUUAUCAGCAUCUGAGAUAUAGUCGAAUAGCCCUAGAGCAAGAAGAGGCGCACCAAGAUUUCAACACGGCCUGCUCAAUCCUCCAAGCUCUGCAACGAAAAUGGAGCGCUGCCGAUGCCAUGGCAUCAUUGGCGCAGAAGGUGUCAACGGAGCUGAAAAAGCUGCCAAGUUUCGCCCUUCUUCAAAUUGAGAGGGAAGAACCACACCGUAAUAACAACCAAGAAAGUGAACACGAUCUCCAGGCCUUGGGACCCAGUGCGGUUAACGAGCAUCCGAACUCUGCGGCAGCGCCCGACCAGCAAGGUGGCCACAUGGCCAUGUGGAGACCGGACGGAAUUGAUCUGUUUGGGGGCAUGGACGACAUGUCAUGGAUGUAUUUGGAUCCUCAGAAUCCAGUCAGCUUUGAUAGUCUUCCAUUUACAGACUGGGAUGCCGUUUUUGCCGAAUCACAAGAGCUUUGA